CCUGGAUGUAGCUCAGUGCUCACUUUUUAGUUUGGUGGUUACGUUCUACCUCUUCCCGAAAACAAGUUUUGAUACAGCUUCCCUAAUCUCAAAAACUUGGCACACGACAAUGCCUUUUUUGUAAAGGGCACUCAAAGGAGUAUUUUUAAAGCUUUUUGGGAACUACACGAUAUACGUAAGCGCCCCCAAAGCUUUUAAAAAAGUUUUCUUAUAAUGAUGUCAACAAAUUUCGUUGCUCGGGGAGCAUUUAUAGUCUUAGAAGGAUGUGAUAGAUGCGGAAAAACAACUCAAAGUAAAUUACUUCUUCAAAAAUUACAAAGUAAAAAAAUAAAAGCUGAAUUAAUAAAUUUUCCAGAUAGAACAACACUGAUUGGACAGUUGAUCGAUAAAUACUUGACUUCUGAAAAAGAAUGUGACGAUCGCGCUAUUCAUCUUUUGUUUUCUGCUAAUAGAUGGGAGAAAAACCGAGUCAUCCAAGCUAAACUGUUAUCGGGAGUAACUUUAAUUGUUGACCGCUACGCUUUUUCCGGGGUUGCUUAUACUUCAGCCAAGGGGUACGACUUUGAAUGGUGCAAAAGCCCAGAUGUCGGCCUCCCAAAACCUGAUCUUGUGCUCUUUCUAGAAAUGAGCGCAGAGUCGGCCAGUAGAAGAAACGAGUACGGAGAAGAACGAUACGAGCAUUUAUAUUUUCAGAAGGCUGUUAGAGAAGUGUAUAGAAAGUUCGAAGGGCCCUCGUGGGUGAAUGUGAAAGCUAAUGAAAAGGUAGAAGAAAUUUCUAACGAAAUAACAAAUAUCGUCCUCGAAACCUUAAAAAGAGCAAGAAAUACUCCUUUGGAGUCGCUCUGGACGGUCCCUUAAUCAGACCAACUUUUCAUAUUACAAAUCUUUAAGUUAACUGAUAUUAAAAACACACUGUUUAAGUACAAGUCCUUAAGUUGAACAUUAAUUUUUAUUGCCAAAUAAAA